UAUCAAGCGGUGCUUGGACGCGCGCGUGCUCCGCCGACCGACGGACAGACAACAAACAGUUGAUGUUCGCGCGCCGUGAGGAAGACACAUCCGCUAGUCUGUGCUAGUGAUUUACUGUGUUCAAGAAAACGACCGAGUGAAUUUGAUUAUCGUAACUUUGACGUGACCUGUGAACGAAAUAAAGGGCUUAUACGUAUGCGAAAGUAGAGAGCUUCAGUUAGAAGAAACAUGACAUCGACUACGAGGUUACAGUUGCUGACGUGCCUGAUGGUGUACGCGUCCAGUGUACACGGCAUCAUGGUGAAGUUCGGCACGAAGGGUGGGCCCAUCGAGCCACCGGUCCCUGAGCCGUCGCUGCCUCCCCCGCAGCCGUAUCGCGCUCCCGCACCGGUUUGGGAAGAAAGGUCUAACGACGCACCAGACCCCAACGCUCAAUGGAGACCCCAGCCCUUCAAAUCUCAACCUCGAUACACGCAUAUCGUAUACAAUGUUCCAACUGCUCCUCCUCUAUCUUUAACCAAUGCUCAAAAAUUCGUCAACUCCUACAUACCAAACCGACGAACAGUUCAGCCAAUACAGGCAGAACCCACCCAAAACUAUUUCACACCAGCCCAAUUCUUAAGUUCUCAAAGCCUACCAGGUGUUGGUCUGAGAUAUUUUGUUCCUUUAUAUCUCAAUGAGCAAAAAAUAGAAAAAAGUAAACAGGAUGAUUCGAAACUAAAUCGUAUUGAAACCGAUCAAGUCGAUGAGACUAGUAAAUACUCUGCCAGUGAUUCUCAGUGGAAAUAUGAGAAAGAAGCCGCAAAAAGAACUACAAGAAACACGCAAGAGGUUGAAACAUUCCCCAUCUACCAAUGGCCAAUAUAUAUUAUUCCUCGACACCGUUAAGAUUUUAACAACGUUUUAUUAAUUUACAGACAUCGCAACUGAUCAUUUUGUACAAAAACUUUUUUAAACAAUAUGGAUCAAGAAAUGUAUUUAAUAGAAACUCGUUUUCUUCUUAUUUUGAAAAUAAGGUAUUACAGGUAAUUUCAAAAUGUACUUGCGAUGUCAUAAGUAGUUAGUGUUUAAGUAAGAUUAAGAUAAAAGUGCCAGAAUUUAAAAUAAUCGUAUACAUAAUUGCAUAAAAAUUGCGUCUGACAGUGUUUAAUAUAUAAAAAAAAAAAACUAUGUGAAGUCUUAUGAAAUUAAAUGCACAAUGAAUAAGUAUGUGCAUUUGGUAUUACAAAAACUGUCCUUCACGGAUUGUCAUGGCAAUUUGAUUUAUAUUUAAUAUGUAGUAAUGUAUGGAAGGUACCCUUUCGAAUGCAUAUCAAAAUAUGAUUAAUUCGUCUUCAAGGUUAAAUAUAAAGCUGUGAAAAUCACAUUCAAAUUUCUGAUUUACAGCUCACGAUUGUGUGAUUUCAGUUAUUUAUGUUGGUUUUAAUAGUUUUCUGAUGGCAGCUUCUUGGCAUUAAAACUAUAAAACUGACGUUUAAUGUUUUCUAUACUAUAAUGAAGUGGAAGUAUACUAAAAAUUGAAUUAGGAAGGGAUUGGGUUGGAAAAUUUGUUGAAUCCAAAUUAGUAGAGGCGUUCCAUUAUUGUCAAAAAUAUUAUGGUACCUAAUGAUGUCAUUAUAUAAUACAUAUUGUUUCAUUCGCAAGUAUGUACGAUAUGUAACGACAGAUACAUUUUGUCGCUCAACCACUGCGAAAUAGAAACGAGAAAGACAAUUAUGAUGACUAUUUUCACAAAAAAAAAAAAACUGGAACAUAUAAUAAUAUCAUUUGUUUUGUGUUCACAAUGGCGAGACGAAGUUUUAUUACACCAUUGUAUAAACUAUUUUUAGAUUUUCGUCAGCAAAAAUAAAACAGAUAUUUGGUUCAGUUAUAGGUGUAUGUAUAUAUUUUAUUUCCAACAGAAACGAUUUUAUGUUUGUGAUUUUUCACGUCGUUAAGUUUUUGUUUAUAUUUUUAAUAAUAUUCUUUGACGAAUCAAACGUUUUUGUAUGUAUGUCCCGUAGUUUUAAUUACGCUUGUAAAUAUGUAAAAUAAAUGGAUAUUAUUUUUCAAA